AUGAGCACUCCACCGGACCAGGCCGACGGGUCGCAAGGAGCUGACCCACGCUCGCUCAGCCAUGAACAUUAUCAUGGCUUGCAGACUGGGUCCUAUACAGAUCAGCAGCUGCGCCAUGCCUCUGCCAACCAUCUGCAUAUGACCAACCGUCGGUUUUUCGUCGGACCAAUCCCAGAAGGCUGGCUCCAGGGCCAUCGCAAGUCAUGGUACAAGUCUCGAUUGAGGCUUAGAAACUAUACAUCACAAGCCAUUUCGUUCUCCGCGGGUCCGGUUGCGACCCAUUACAGCGAACAGGACCCCCAGGCCGAGCCAGCGUUACCUGAUCUGGACGAAGAAGUGGCUCUGACACUUACGAAUACAACUGAUGUGGCUGUAGCGGAGCAAACAGAUGAGAAUGAAGCCGAAGAAGCCACAUCUGAGCCCGAGGGGGAACUUCGGACCCUCACUCACCCCACUGCUGAAACCAGCGGCGAAGAUCCUCUAUCGGAAGUUGAUGCAGGGAAUGAAGAAAAUGACGAUAGGAAUGACACAGGAACUGGAGAGAAUGACGGAGGGGAUAGUGGAAAUGAUACCGAGGAUACAGACAGCACCCCCAGAGCGAGACCAAGGGACAACGAUAUAUGCGACACCGAUGUUGCUUCGUCUUCAUUUGUCACGGCCAGAGAAGAAGUGUCUAGCUCUGCAAAAACAGGUUAUAGCGCAUAUACGGGACUUUCUGUCGACACAAGGGAUUCUACGGACACGAGAGAAUCGUCAUCUACCCUGCAGCCUAACAGAUUAACGACUGGCCAUCGCCCAACGUCGCAUGGCUCACAGAACACACACCUGACGAGCCAUAAUUCUGCCAGCACCCUGACCCCAAAUAUAUCUACGGGCCCCAGCGAGGCAGAUUCUACGACACAGUUGCUGAGAGGCAAAUUCCAGGACAAAGGAAAGCAGAAAAGUAAGAAUUCUGGUAUAUCUCGAGCAACUCUUCAACACCAUGACCACGGUCCCCAAGAUGAAGACAAUGGCCAACAAGGAGAAGGCACAAAUGCAGAUGUGCCACAGCGGAUGUUCACCAGGAGAAUGGCAAAACUAAACCUGGAUGACAACAUCAAGCACAAGCAACAACGUAUUCGCUCGCGAAUUUCAAAGACGCAGGGCACCAUCUCAGCCAAUCGGCCCCGCCGGCGGAAAGUGCAAGAAGGAGAGAUUGUCAAGGCGGAAAAGAUGCUGGUCUGCGUCGAGGAGACUAUGCAAGGCACACUUCCCCCUGAUUACUCCGAGAAUGACAGCCUCCGCAUGGAAACCCGCACUGUGGACAAAUGGAGAGAAUUUCUUGUCGUGUGCCGAAAAAGCUCCGCGGAACAUGCGCCAUUUGCUCUGCAAAUGUAUCGCACCCGUGUGAUACCUGAUGUGCAACGACCGAACAACAAAACGCCGCCUUAUUACGAAAUACGACUCAACCACAAAAACACCCAUGUUAACCUCUACUCUCCCUUGGAUAAAACCAUCGUUAUUUGGUACCCUUGCAAGCGUGGCACCAAAAUCUACAUCAUCCGGCCAAAAUCUGCUGCUCACUCUGCUGAGUGGUACACUUUCAUUCGGCAGGCGCUAGGUUGGCGACGUCCAACCUCACUCCCUAUCAACGUUCCUGAUUUGGGAGUCUCGCUCAUCUUCAAAAACCCUUUCAGCCAGCUAGGGGUCAGUCGAAAAGCUGACGACACUGACCAAGAGCAUGCGGCGUUCGAUGAAAGAUAUGCUGCUGCAUGCAUCAUCAGAGAAUGCUUGGACAUGCUCGAAGGUCGUCCUGAAUGGGCCGAGGUAUUGAAGGCCUGGUCCAAGACUGAGAAGAUGGGUCUUGCUUGGAAACGAUAUGAUCGAUUGGAGUGGGUGUUUGGUGUCAACGAAGAAAAGAUGUUUGGCACCAUUGCCAUGCAGUCAUCACACGAGCUUGAGCUACGGCCGAGAUAUCACUACUCCACUGUAGUCAGACAGAAUGGCUCAAAGGUGGAGGAACCUGCACCGAUUGAGGGAUUCCUUGUCCGCCUCACAUCCCAAAGGGGUGUUCAUCAAAAGAUGAACAGGAUGUUCUUCAAGCGGUUGUAUUUCUUCACCCAGGAUCAUUUCUUCUUUUUCUGUCGACCAGCCAAGGCAUUCCCACCGACACCCCCAAAGUUUGCCCCAUCAGAAGCUCCGCCGCCAGAUGGAGUGCCAUCUGCACGUCAAAUCCUAGAUGAGAUGCCACUAUCCUGGGAUAUCAAUCCCUACCCUCUUCAAGACGGUGGUAUCGCAUGGCUGUCCAACGGUAACAAAGAGUUCAUCCAACGGCACGACGAGGAGGCCUAUGCGCAAGUGCAGAGGAAUGUUCACAACAUCAGUCAUGCAGAUGGAUACAUCGAUAUGUGUCGGGUGCAAGAAGUUCGCAAUAUCCAGCGCGGUAGUAGCCCUGCUGAUGCCAACAUCGGCGAAGGGCCUUCUGUGGAUUACAACCGGGAGGCUACGGACUCACGACAAGAUGAUGGUGCUUCCCAAGAGUUCGACGACGAUAGGACCUUUGAAAUGGCUUUGGAUAAUGGCCUUGUCAUUCGACUCCAGGCAUAUAACGUCGCUAGUCGAGAUGAAUGGGUCAAACGGCUCGAUGCUUUGGUCAAGUACUGGCGUGCGCGCUGCGCAAACGAUGCCGCAGAGCUGCAGGCUGUCCGGCGGCGCAAUCUCAAGCAUUUGGAAAUCGACGAGGCCAUGGAGUCGGUUGUUGGGCAGUUCGCGAAGAAGUGGGAAGUGAAGAAAGCCGAGGCAUCGCCACAGUUGCACAAUAUGUGUUUGCUAUCCAGCUGUCGGACCAUCAAGAUGUCCGGACAACUCUAUCGCAAGCCCCGUCGCCACACGACUUUCAACCAGUGCCAUGUCAUUCUCACAGCGGGUAAGCUGCUCAUUUUCUCGAGCACGCUGCGCAACCGGAAUGGUACCGAAAUCCCACACAUUCAUCAAGAACUCGAAGCAACCAUCGAAUUGGAAGAUUGCUACAUCUACUCCGGCCUGCUCACCGAAGAUGACUUGUUGUACGCAAAUCAAACAUUCGACAGCAAUAACCCUGGGCUUCAUGCUUUGCCACGCGUAUAUCUCGAUUCAGAUACCUUCACAAGUCACGACGAAGAUACUGCUAUCACCUUCGUUGUCUGGCAGCCUUUGAAGAAGAGCUAUUUCCGAGCUCAGGAAACGGGAGUGCAGGGUAGAGCGAAACGAUCCAUUCGACAUGUCUCCACGCUAGGCAAGCAUGGCCGUACAAUUGUGUUCAAAGCGCGUAGUCGUGUCGAGAAAGAUCGCUGGGUUAUGAGUAUCUCUUCGGAGAUCGAUCGUAUCCAGGAGGAGAGACAUGAAGAUAUACGACUUGUCUCUCCUUGA